CUUAUAUGGUGGAGGUUUCUUUCGAGUUACAUUCUUAUUUAUUUAUCUCGUAGUAUUUUUCUGUCAAAAAAAUUUCCUUGAGCGUCUGUAUCUGAGUCGAGAAUGAGUGAACUCGGUCUCGAUACCAGUCAGGCUACACCUCAGACAACGACAUUUCUCGAUUUGCUCCGGGGCCAGAUGGACGGCCUUGAUCGAACCAGGAGAAGAAAACGGACUCUCAAGGAACGGCUAGGAUUCAAAAAUAUCGGAUGCUGUGGGCCCACCUGGGGUCUCCGAUUAACCAAUAACACUCGCGCAAGAGAAGUAGACCAACCAUACGAAACCGGACUCGAUUCCGGUUCGGAUCAUGUGACGGGUCCGUUAAACUCCGGUAUGAACCUCGCGACGGCGUUAGCGGCGGAGAGACAUUACAGAAGAGACCCAACUGAGGAAGCAGCGUCUGGAAGUUUGACGCCGUUAAGGGUUUCGUUGAUGAGAUUGCUGGAGGAAACGGCGGAGAGAGUAGUCGGCGAAGGGAAGGAAACGGAGAGAUUAACGGCGUCGUCGGUUAGAGGUAAUGAUUCGGUGUGUUGCGUGUGCAUGGGAAGGAAGAAAGGCGCGGCGUUUAUCCCAUGUGGACACACUUUUUGCAGAGUCUGCUCUCGAGAGGUGUGGCUUAAUCGGGGAUCGUGUCCCCUCUGUAACUGUCCGAUCAUCGCGAUCCUUGACAUUUAUUGAAUCAUUUGAAUCCUACGGCUGGUAGAAGUCCGUUGCACGUGACUUGAGUGAUUGUGGUGCCUAGAGAUUCACGAGUGUUACAAU